UGCUUGAAAUGAUGACGCUUUCCAGCUAGAGCUACCGAAUAUGUUUCAGUUUCAGGAAAGAACUGAAACUAAAAAAUCUACUCAUGUGCAACAUUUCCUCAGCAUGCCCCUCCAUUUACUUCAUUCUAUAUAUUAGUAUAGACUCGAAUUAUUAUAUGUAAUUGUUAUUUUAAAUCAAAAGAAAAAUACAAAAUUCGUAGUGUUUAAAACUUCCUGUUAAUUAUCUCCUAAAAUGUGCCCGAUACGAUUUUCGUCUGUCCAUUUUUGCACAUUCUGCCUCCUGUUUUUGAUGCAGGAGCCACGUUCUAUAAUAUUUGGAAAUCACCGCGCGCCAUUUUAUUUGCUAUUUCAAUUGGACGGCCAGUCUGGAUGCCGGGAAUUACAGUUCCUGAGAUCAUGAGCUAAUAAUGCGAUGAGACACGCGACCGGAUUAGUCAGUGGCGAUUUUGUUGACAAUAACUCAGCUCAGGAAAAGACAAUUGCCCGUGUGCACAUGAUCCGACUUCCUCUGGUUUCGAUUCAGAGCGGAAAAUGCUCUUAUUUUCAACGCCAACUCGCUAAUUUGUCCCAGGCACACUGCAGCGAGCCUUACAUGUGCGAAUCGAGGCGAUAAAUUAGAACCACUCGAGGUGCUAAUCAGAACAGACUGAGACUGAACUGGGCAAAACAUUUUGCCAAUUGUAUAAAUUGCGAUGUCAAGUCCACUGAGGCCACACUUUACAAGCCACAGUCGUGCUAAAAGCAGUUCAAUUGCAAUAGAGCAGAUUACACCAGCCCUGAGUAGAAAACUCCCACAAAAUGCUGUCGAACAAGAAAAUCUUUCGGUUGAUCGCCUGCUUUGCCGCUCUCAAUAUGGUGUGCGCCUAUCCCCAAGAGCGCCUCACCGCCACAGAACAGAUUCAAAGACUGAGUGCUGCCACAGAAGCGGAGACCAAAGCCAUCAUUUCCAGCGAAGCCCUCGACAAUCUGUACAGAUAUGAGCGGACACUGACCCGUCUGAGGAGAGCACUGGACGAGCUUGCCUACGAGGAGGCGGCCGAUGACAUGGAGCUGGCGGAAAUAAAUGUGUUCCGCCCGCUCUUCCGCUAUCGGUCGCAGGUGGCCAAGCAAGUCGGAAGUACUCAGCAGCAGUUUGGAUAAGCCUUACAAGCUCAUUUAUAAUAUAUAAAAUAGGUAUAGACAUUUUCUCACACAGCCUCGUUUCCCUCAUUUUCAUUAUAUUUUUGUACAAAUCUAAAUUAAGAAUAAAGAGUUAGGUAAUUUA